AUGGCCUUAGGUCUCCUGUGGUUGGGCCUUGUCCUGCUGGGAGCCCUGCAGACCAAGGCCCAGGACUCCACCCCAAACCUGAUCCCAGCCCCGCCUCUGCUCUGGGUCCCUGUGGAGCCUGUCUUCCAGGAACAGCUGUUCCAGGGGAAAUGGUACGUCUUAGGAUUGGCAGGGAACGAAUUUAAUAAAGAAAAAGACAGCCAGUUGAAGAUGUAUACCGACACCUUCAAGCUGAAUGAAGACAACAGCUACAAUGUCACCUCUGCCCUGGCCUGGGGCCAGCGCUGUGACCACUGGACCAAAAUUUUCACCAUAAAUUUGCAUCUAGACCAAUACACCCUGGGCAACAUUGAGCGUUACACUGGAAUCCAGAGAUACACUGCACAAGUGGUGACCACAGACUACAACCAGUUUGCCAUACUGUACUUCAAGAAAGUUUAUGACAACCAGGAGAACAUCAAGGUCAUCCUCUAUGGGAGGACCAAGGAGCUGCCUCCUGUGAAAGCAAUCUUCAUCAUCUUUGCCAAAUUCCUGGGCCUCACCGAUGACCACAUCAUCUUCCCUAUCCCCAAUGAUCAGUGCAUCGAUGAGUGAGCAAAGGUGCGGUGCUCUGUGGCUCUCUCCACCCCAUCCUCUCAUGCCGACCUCUGCCCAGGGUACUGCCCAAGUGUUCCUACCAGCCUGGACAGCCCUGAGAGAGCCAGGAGACCCUUCUCACAGCACAGCCCACCAACUGCUCCCCAGGCUGCCCAACUGACAGAA